CACAGAAUGACCAAAUGCUAUAUGUGGCGAGUAUGACUGUGUGAUCGUACGUGUCUGUGAAAUAGAGACAAAGAAAAUUGUUUUCCACUAGUUUUUCUGCGUAAAAGAAAAGAGAGGACUACAGAAGAACCUGAAAAAUUACACACACGUUAUUGACAUCUUAUUUUCCUAGUGUUGAGAAUCUUGCUGUGUGCAUGUUGAGGGCUGACCUUCAUGGCGUCUCUGACCAGCUCUUCCUCCAGCCGCUCCUCCUCUUCCUCCUACCGUUCCUCGUCUCGCUACAGCAGCUGCAGCUCCUUCAGGUCGGAGGAGUCCGCUGGGGGGCAAACGCUCGCCCCCCUGGGGUCCCCCCUGGGACCCCUGCUGGAGCCCUUCCUGGAUCCCGCAGCGCCCCACAGCAUGUUCGGAGAGGAGGACACCGUGGGGACUCUGUGUCGGGCCCCCUUCAGCCGACACCGCAGGGAGUCUCACGGUUACCAGGGGCCUACAGGGGGCGCUGUGUCGGGCCGGCCGGCCAGCAUGGGAGCGGUCAGGUCACUGGGGGACAGCUACUCCAUGUCAGCCGACGUCAGCCAGUUUGAACCCCACGACGUCGUUGUGAUGGCCUACAACCACCACAUAGUCAUCCACGCAGAGAAGGUGCUGGAGGACGGGAGCAUUAGUAACACGUUUACCCACAAGUCCCUGCUCCCAGAGGACAUGGACCCGCUUUCGGUCAGCGGCACGUUGACCCCCGAGGGCAUGCUGGUGGUCAGCGUGAGGAGGACUACACCCAUGGAGGGGCCUGAGCCCCCCGCCCCCACCUACUACUCGGAGGCCCACCUUUAGCCCCACCUUCCUCCAAUCUUUGACUUCCCACAGCUUUACUUUUAUAACGACUAGUCAGUGACACCAUCUUCGAGAUUUCUCUACAUUUGCAUUGAGGUUUUUAUAAAUUUGAAUAAAAUUGAUUUAUACAUUUACAUUAUUGUUUUGGUUCAGGGGUUUAGGAUGUCAUUCUGUACAAGCGAAGAAGGAAAUGCAAAGCUGUAAAUUUGUUUAUUUUCUACAAGGAUGUAACUGUAGAAACACGUUUACUGUGGAUAGGAGAUGUAGUAUGACCUAAAACAGCCUAGCAACCAAUAACAACACUGUACAGGCGUGGGUUUUUAAUAAAUAACAGACUCGACUUUCUAUCUUUUGCUCCGUCAACAAUGAACAUGGGUAGAAGCGGCCGAACCCUGGACAGUAAUUGCUCUGACAAGAGGUUUUAACAGAUGAGAAAUGAAAUCUCAUGCUUGUCAUAACUCAUAAACUCUUUCCAUCU